AUGUCGCCCCGGACGAAGAUGAACUUUCGUUUGAGCUCCAACCCGGGGAGCGCCGAGGCUGGUGGGAUGCAAACUCUUGAAACUCUUGGGACGACAGCUCCUGUUCAGUGGCUUUCGUCCAUGGUUCCGUGUUCCACCACCGUACCUUGCUCAUGCUCGACUCCGGAGCCUCCACCAGUUAAAGCUGAGGGUGGAGCCCCGGGGAAGCUACAGCUUAACGGUAUUGAUGGAGUGAAGACCAAAGUCACGAAUAAGUACCGAGUCAAGAUAACACUCGGGCACCGAGUGGUUAACACCCUGGAUGUCUGGGUCGGGAACAUCGGCCAAGGCAUCGACGUUCUCCUGGGAAUGAACUUCAUGGUCGCCACCGAAGUCCGGUUAUGUGCUCACGAAGGAGAAGUGGUGCUCCCCGACGAGGAACGGAUACUUCUCGUCGGGGGCCCCAAGCGCUCGCAUUUGGGGCGGACCAUUGACGUGUCCAUACACGAGAGUCUUUGGUUAGCACCCGGGGACAGCAAGUACAUCCCGAUCUGGACCUCAGAGCCAGACCUCGGGUCCAUGGACUGGUUUUUAGCACGAAGCGAGUCCCGGUCGCGCUCGGGUGGUGAACAUUUCCUGGAGACCGGUCCAGGUACUUCCGCAUACCAAGGUUGCCACCCUCACAGAUCGGGAUCGGUUACCCUUGGGGACCAACUUCGUGCGCCUGGGAUCCUACUAUCUACGAGAACACGCGGUCGCCCGCAGCGGAGCGCCGCCUGGACGCUGAAGUUCGAGAACCCGAACGGAGAGUCGGACCCCGAAGAGGAAGAGAGGCUCCGGGCGAUUCUCCGGAAGCACCGAACGAUUUUCUUUGGAGAAGGGAACGCGCUUCCUCCCCCGGUUCGGGGCGUCGUGUGCGACCUGGAGGUUGGGGACGCAAAACCCAUUUCCAUGCGGUCGCGGAGGAUUCCUGCCGACCUACUGUCCAAGGUAUACGAGUUGGUCAAGCGUCUCCUGGGAACUUGUUUGAUCGAGUACUCCGACUCGGAAUGGGCAUCGGCCAUCGUCCUCGUGAUGAAGAAGAAAGGUGCCGAUGUCGGCUUGUGCAUCGACUCCCGGUUGGUGAACCAGCUGAUCAAGCUGAUGAACCUUCCCCCUACCCCUAAUCAACGAACUCAUGAGCAACUUCGCCGCCACUAUGUGGUUCAUGACUCUGGACAUGGCAAGUGGGUUCUGGGCGGUUCCAAUGACUGUCCGCUCGGACUCUUUCAGUGGAAGCGCAUGCCGUUCGGGUUGAAGAAUGCCCCAUUGAUCGACCAACAGCUUCUGGACAAUUAUCUUUGGGGUUUUGUACGGCUACCCUUGGAAGAGGAACGACCGGAGGUGUUAGAGUUCUUGGGGAUUUCUCCCGAGGAUUUGGACGCCCCGGCAUCCCAGGGCACGAAGCCCCGGGGGGUGGUCUCCAGGACCAGCACAAACACCGUGUUCCAUCAAAACCGGGUUGCCCCGGAGCAGAUGGAGCCUGUACUGUCCCGGAGUUCGUAUAUUGACGACACCAUCUACGGAGCUCCCUCCUGGGAUGACCUGUGCAAAACGCUGAAUGCCCUCCUAUACCGACUGCGGUACUGGAACAUUUCGGUGAGCCUCCCAAAGAGUGAGUUCGGGGUCAAGAAAUGCAAACGGAAUGUCCUCAACUUGCCGUUCACGAAGACCCGCAAAGGAGUACAGUCCUUCCUCGGGAGCCUCAAUUACUUCGCCAAGUUUAUCGAGGAUCUACCCGUUCUCGCAGCCACUCGCUACGAAACAUCGGACGAGCAACUCCGUUCCUGA